AUGCAAACCACUUUAUAUAAUAACCUUUAUAAUUUUUUAACUGAAGCUCCUGAGACACAAAUUACAGCCAUUUCUCUCGUUUACCGGGCAUUAGGUGAUGAACCACGAAUAGAAAAGGAAGACUUAAGAGUAGAAGUAAGUCGUGUAACUUCGUCGGCGCUAAUGGAAUGCGAAGUAGAUUCUGACCGAUACAGGAGAAUGUUGAAGAUAUCUGAUCAGUUUGAUGAUGUAUUUGAGGGAUUUCGUAGCAUACGCGAAAUGGAGGCAGAAAUGGAACCUUUAAGUGAUGAUGAAAUUAAAACAAAUUUAAGGAAGUUAAAAAAUCGUCUUGCGAAAAGCAAGGCCAUCCAUGCUAUACACUUACGAAAGAGCUUGAAAGGUGUUACUGAGAAAGUUGUGAGUUGGAAAGAUCCACUUGGAAGUCGAGUAAUUAGUGAUAAAACUGAGAUGGUGCGCCAGUUGCCCCGCAAUGCUUUCAAAUCUUUCAUGGGUCCCAAAUUACGUAUGCAACCACAAGCUUCAGAUGAGAUUCGAGAAAUGUGUGAGGAAUAUGUAGAAAAUUUUUCUAAAGAUACUUCAGAAAUUUUAUUGAAUAAUUCGCACGACGGCAAGUGGAAAGAAUCAGAUGAGAAUUUAAAAAAAGUUGCGAAAGAAAUUAUCGAUGCAUUAAAUGAGUCUGGUUUUAUUACUACUGCGGAAAAAGAAAGUUUAGUCAGUAAGAACAGGAAAGAAAAAUAUGGAAAAAAACCAGAUAUUAUGUUUAUAUUAAAACAUAAAAAAAAGAAAUAUGAAUUGAUGUAUGGAGAAUGUUCUUGGUUGGUUUGUAAUGAACAAAAAGAAGAAAUGGACAGAACCAAGUUGUGGAGAGAGAUUAAUGAUGGGAUGUUUUGGGUGCACAAGGGGUGUUCACCAACCAAAGAGGAAUUUGGCAUUGUUGGUAUUCAGGUAGCAGGCACUCGAUUAUACCUGAAUGUUCUCAUAAGAGAUAAAGAUGAGAUACAUUGCCUUUACGAAUUGUGA